AUGGAAUGUUUUGGAUGUGGCAAUCUAGGCCACAAGUGGGCGGAUUGCACCUCUGCUAGGAGAGGACGAUCACAGGCCAGGACACAGCAGCAGCAGUCACAGAUUCAACAUGCAUUGACUCAAGGGAGAGUAUUUGCCUUAGGGCACCCAAACUUUGUUGGAGGUACUUUUCUUGUCUCAAAUUGUUUAGUGAGAGUAUUGUUUGACUCUGGUGCCACAACAUCUUUUACUUCUACAUCAUUGGCAAAUUCACUAGAGUUAGAUGUGUCCCCGAUAAGAUAUAUGUUUGCAAUGACUUCUCCGUUUGGGUACACCACUUCACUAGAAGGGUGGGCGGAAAGAAUUGUGUGUAGGUUUGGUGAGAUAGAAUUGAUGGCGGAUCUAUAUGUCCUUGAUUUUAAGAACUUUGAUGUGGAUUGGUUGACAAAGCAUAGGGCUAUGAUUGAUUUCUGGAUGCGGAGGGUCACUCUGAAUGUACCUGGAGCGAGCUUGACCAUUUCAGCAUCGUGUGGCAAUGUGGUGAAGCCGAUACCAGUGGUUGAGGAAUUUAUUGAUGUAUUUUCGGAGGACUUGUCGAGGAUACCACUAAGGAGAGAGAUAGAGUUUACUAUUGAGUUGGUUUCAGACACCAAACCAAUUUCUAUUGCUCCUUACUGA